AUGGCCAGGAUUAAGGCUCAAUACCUUCAUAGCAAGAAGAGGGAGCUGUCUAAACAGCUAGAAAACCUGAAGAUAGAACUGUCCCAGCUGUGUGUCACCAAAGUGACAGGCCACACAGCUCCUUCCAAACUCUCCAAGAUCUGAGUUGUUAGCAAAUCUAUUGCCCAUGUUCUCACUGUCAUUAACCAGACUCAGAAAGGGAACCUCAGGAAAUUGUACAAGGGAAAGAAGUACAAGCCCCUGGGGCACCUGGCUAGUUCACCCCUGGAUCUGCAGCCCAGGAAGACAUAUGCCAGGUGCUGCCAGCUGACCAAGCACAAAGAGAACCUGAAGACCAAGAAGCAGCAGCAGGAGGAGAGGCUGUUCCCACUGCAGGAAUAUGUGGUCAAGGUCUGA